UUGGCCCCCGCGCGGGAAAUCCGCCCCGGAAGGCGGAAGGUCCGAGGAGGGGGCGCAGCCAUCUUUGUUGGGGGCAACGCGCGAUGCCCAAAUCGUGCGCGGCGCUUCGGUGCAGUAACCGCUAUAGCAGCCGCUGCCGGCAGCAGCUCACCUUCCACAGGUUCCCGUUCAGCCGGCCCGAGCUGCUGGCGCGCUGGGUGGGGAACAUUGGCCGUGGCGAUUUCCAGCCCAGCUCGCACACGGUGCUCUGCUCGCAGCACUUCCAGCCCGACUGCUUCAGCGCCUUCGGCAACCGCACCAACCUCAAGCCCAACGCCGUGCCCACGCUCUUCGCCUGCCCCCGCACCGCCAGGGACUUUACAAGGACAGAGGAUGGAAGGAGAUUAGAUGAAGAAACUGUUCUGCACCAAGAGCCCCAACCCAGUAGAACAGAGGAACCAAGAGAAGAGGUUAGCACAACUAAGGCACCAGAAGUGGAGGGCCGGCUGCUGCAAUCCAGGCCCCCAGUGCAGAGACACCACCCAGUUCAGACCUCAGAUCACAACUAUGCUGUCAGUGACUGUGCUUCCUUAAAACAAAAACUUUUCCAGGCACUAGAGGAAAAUGAAAAACUGCAAAAACGCCUGAAGGUUAAAAGCAUGGCACUGAGGAGGAUGUUUGUGCGGCUCCAGGCCUGCAAAAAGGAGCAGCAAAAACACCAGGCCAGACAGCCUGGUGGGAGGGAACAGGGCCUGACUUUCUGAAAAUUCAUCUAUACCAGCAAGAACUGUGGUUUGACAGGCUGCCGGCUAGAGUACUUUAUAGAGUGAGUAACGUACUCACUACUGUUUCUGAUGAGCAUAGCUUAAAGUUCACAUACAUCAUAACUACCCAGCAUGCACAUGGUCAAAUGAGAACUAGCAAAGGGAACUUGGCUGAGAAAUAGAAUGUAAAAAAUUCCCGAAACCUGAACUUCUUGCCUCAGCAUUUGUAAUCUAAAUGCCUUUAUAAUAAAGUAAGAAUGCCAGGUGUAUACGGGUGUGUGAGAAGAGACUCUGGGAACUUUUCUGGCAAUUACAUUUAGUUAAGCUAAUGUUAAAUCCUAUAGACAUUGUCUUUUCGAGGUGUGAAGUAAUUCCAAAGUUGUAGAACUACUGCAUGGGCCAGAGACCACUUCUGUAAUCAUGGUGCUAGCUCUUUUCUCCCCAUCCCAUUCAGUAUCAUUUAUAUGAAAAUAGAUUUUCAUAACAGCAAAAACUGUAUUAUAACUAUUUACAUCAGGCAAACAUCAGUGAGAGGGUAAAUGAUUUUAUUCUUGUAUAAAGUUAAUGAAUUAUU